AGAGAGCAUGCUCUGAGCCUGAACUCUUUUCUGCGGAGCUGUAAUUCGCAGCAGAUGACCACUUUGGGGGGAUGUACUCUUUCCUGGGGACUCUGGGAGGUGAGCCUCCCUCCUGACGCAGCACCAGAGCACCGCGACUUUAAUUUGUCUUCAUCGUGCUGUCCAGUGAUGGAGCCCUGACCUAAUCACCACUUCUCUCUUCACUCUUCAGACCAACAAGUGGAUUAUGGUCUGCAGGAGCGUGAGAGAGGACAGGGGCGACUGCACCUGAACAACCCAGAGCGGCAACACUUUGGAACACAGCCGCGCUGUGGGGAUGGAUACUUCACUGGCAGGCGUUUGCUUUCUCCUGCUCUCGCUCGAUGGAUUCCUCUGUUCCCCCGCGCCGGCGAGCGUUUGUCCGGACCCAUGCGACUGUCAGCAGCCGCAGCACCUCAUGUGCGCCAACCGCGGGCUGCGCGCGGUGCCCGAACCCGCCGCGCGAGCGCCCGAGGAGGUGCUGAUCUUCAGCCUCGCGGGAAACUUCAUCACCAACCUCACCGCCCUCGACUUCACACGGUACAGUGACCUCGUGAGGUUAAAUUUACAGUACAAUCAAAUACAAACUGUUCACCCCAAGGUUUUUGAGAAACUCUCCAAACUAGAGGAGUUGUAUUUGGGACACAAUCUUUUAUCAAGUGUACCCGAUGGGACUCUACAGCCACUGAAGAAGUUGACUAUCCUCUAUGGAAAUAAUAAUGACAUUAGGAAAAUCACUCCAGAGCUUUUCGUCAACUUGGAUAAUCUUGUUAAAUUGCGCCUUGAUGGCAACUCAAUAGAAGUUUUGCAGGACUCUGUUUUUACAAGUUUGACCAGUCUGCAUUAUCUCCAUCUGGAAUCCAACCAACUCCAUCAUAUUCACAGAAAUGCUUUCUCCAAACUCUCCAACCUGCGUUUUCUCAACCUGGCCCACAACAAGCAGUCAGCCAUACGCAGUGUCCUCACUUUUUCCCAACUCAAAGCUCUGACAACAUUACUUCUGUCUGAAAAUGAAAUUCAAUACAUUGGAAACCAAGUCUUCCAGAACCUGAAGAAGCUGUCCAAACUGUCGCUGAGCAACAACAGGAUCUCUCGCCUGGACAGCGGAGCUCUGAAGGGGCUGUCGAGUCUAAAAGAGCUUCUGAUUGAUGGCAACACGCUGCAGGAAAUCCCCGGCGGUCUUCUUGACCCUCUGGAGAGCAUCGAGGAGCUUGACUUCAGCCGCAACCAGAUUUCCACUCUGGACUCGAUGGCCUUUUCUCGACUCAAACGUCUGAGAGUGUUGAAGCUUAAGAAUAACUUCCUCACCAGUCUGUCUGGUGACAUUUUUGCCCUCAAUAACAUGCUUUAUGACCUGGAUCUCCAUGGCAACAACUGGACAUGCGACUGUCGCCUGGAGGAGUUGAAGAGAUGGAUGACUGCAGCACAUUCUCAAGGCAAAUUGAUGACUGUUUUUGUGCAAUGUCAUCACCCUGCUACUCUCAGAGGGAAGUAUCUGGACUAUGUGAACAGCUCCCAGCUGCAGCCGCUCGGAAACUGGACCCACUUGUGCAGGAGCCAAACCGGGCCUGAGGAGAGUCGUGGAGGGGGUGUCCUGGAAAAGGUGCAGGGAAUGACAGACGCAGCGGAGCAGGAGGAAAGAGGUGGAGAGGGCCAGGUAGAAGAGGAACAAGGUGUUGGUUUAAGAGAGGAAAACAAGGAUGGGGUGAUGGUGAAGAAAGAGGCAGAGACGUGGAAAAGAGAGGGACAGGAAGAUGUGGGAAUCCAGGGAGAUCAGGGGGGUCCAGAGGUGACAGAACCAUCUUCCUCACUGGAAAGAACGAAAGCAAAGGAGUCACUCAGUCCAAGGGCACGACCUGCUGCAGAGGCUGCUGGGAAGCGUGGCAAAGGGAGACGGAGGUCAAACGUCACUUCCAGAACGGACGCACCAGCCAUUUCCACACCAGGUGACAGAAACACCACCGAUGUAAGCACAGUGGUCACCACAACCUCUCAGGAGUCAGGAGAGAAGUUUGAUCUUCUCAGGUCAGACCAGAAGGAGACUCUGCCUCUAAUCACGGACCCGUGUGUGUUUAACCGCCAUUUUAUCACUAAUGUCUCAGUGGAUCACGUGACGUCCAGUACUGUCACCGUCUACUGGACCACAAGGGAUCAUCACCCCUACACAUCAGGACCUGGCCUGGGUCUGGUUGAAGUCCACUAUCGGAUUCUCUUUGACCGGUUUGGUGCUCCGGAUCGUUUCCCCCGUUAUGUCUAUGCUCACGGUACGGCUCGCUCUGUGAUCCUCCGAGAACUCAGCUCAGGUUUGACCUACAUCGUCUGCGUGGAAGGAGUCGUCGCGGGGUCCGUCUGCCAAGUGGCCCCGCGUGACCACUGUGCAGGACUGGUCACUCUGCCCGAGGCGGUCACUCGCGGAGGCACGCUGACCUCUGACCUCCAGCUCGUCACAGUAGCAACACUGGCCGGGAACGCCGUGCUGCUGCUCGUCAUCGGCGGAGUCUGGCUGGCGCGGCUCGUGAAGAAGAAGCUGCAGAGGAGGAAGUCGGCCGUGCAUGUGCGCCACAUGUACUCCACCAGGCGGCCAUUCCGGCCCACCAUGGCCACUGCGUCCGUGUCCACUGACUUCACCUGCUACCAGAGCAGUCGCCCAGCACGACUCGCACCACUGGAGGAGGGGGAUCUCAUCGAGUUCCCCUGUGACCGCUUUAUGGACAACAGCACUGCUCGCAGAGACAGUGACAUGCAAAGAUUCGCUGACUAAAAACUGAAAAAGUGUAAAACUAAACAGUGACCUGCUCUGUGCUUACGCUU